AUGAAACUUUUUUUGUUGUUUUUCUACGUCUUCAUACUUCAUCUAGCAGCGUCUUCACCAGCGUCUUCACUCGACGACGCUGAUUCUUCUGUCGCAUGCGCCAACCGAAACAUCACCCUCACCCUCACUGCUGAUUACCGAAACUUCACCCUCCCCCUCCCUGCUGAUGCUGAUGAAGCGUCUUCACUCGACGACGCUGAUUCUUCUGUCGCAUGCGCCAACCGAGACAUCACCCUCACUGCUGAUUACCGAAACUUCACCCUCCCCCUCCCUGCUGAUGCUGAUGAUGAUUGUGAUUACAAUCUGAAUGUGGAAAACCGCAAGUUUUCAUCAACUCAUAACAUUUUACCUUUUCUUCUUCUAACAAUGUUUCUUGUAUGUGUUUUUGUUUUACAGCCCAAUAAGGAGAAUGAUUUCUUGGAUCUUGAAGAACUGGAUAUCUCCCAGUCCCAAUCGAUUGAUGAUGACAAGCGAGUUCAUGGUGGGAUGUUGUUCCCUUUUCUAGAAGGGAAAGAUCUUCAAUCUACAGAAAACCCAAUCCCAAUGGUGGAGGAGGAUGGUCUUCUUUCCAAGAACAGAAAGCUGGAAGGAUUUUUGGGACGGGAAUGUAAUUCUGAUUCAUCACAUAAGUCCAGUGGUGAACAGCAGUUAGCCAUUGAGAAUGUAAACCCAAACCAAUCAAAAGCUGCAAGGGCAAAUUCUCAUGAUGAGUGUGCAAAAGAUGAGAUGAUGAACAUGGAUAAGAACUCAGAGGCGGAGGAUGUUGAGCACAACCACCCUAAGGUUGAUAUUCAGGAUGAAAAUGCUGGUGGUGAUUUUACAACUGUCUCCCUUACUUCAACUUCAUGUUUAUCCAAACAAGGAGACAAGGAUUUUGCUACGUGGCCACAUAGGAAUGUUGAAGACCAAAUCUCCAUCUCCCAGUCCCAAUCAGAUGACAUUAUUCAGAGCCGAGUUGAUGAUGAGAUGUUGGUUGGUUUUCUAAAAAGGAAAAAUUCAUUGCAUGAGCUUCAAGCUAUAGAGCCAACAUUUACUGAAGUGGAACACGAACAAUCUGGACCUACUUGGGUCAAAAGUGCAGCUUCUGAAUCUGAUCAAACACGUAUUGAUGGUGGAGUAGAGUUUCAAACUCUGGAAUUGCCAAUUGACUGCAAAUCUGCUAGAGGUUCAAGUCAACAAACUAGUCUGCUUUCCAGGAUUAGAGAACUGUUGGGCAAUCCCUCAAAGAAUAAAACCAGUGAGCAGCAGUUGAAGUCUUCUCAUGAAGAUUUUGAUGCGUGUACAAGUACAGAGACAAUGAAUAUUGAUUUGGACUUGGAUCUGAAUCCAUUGGUGGAGGAGAGUCUGCUUCCCAAGAACAGAAUGGUGGAGGAUGUUGAGCACAGCCCUAAGGUUUCCCUGCAUGAUGAUGCUGCUGCUGUUUACUGUGAGCCAGCAUUUACUGAAGUGGAAAGUGCGGCUUCUGAAUCUGAUCAAACAAGCAAUGGUGAUGUUGAUUUUACUCUGGUUGGCUCUCAUGAAACUGUUACACCAGUUUCCAAGUUUUCAUCUACUCAACAUCAAGUUGAAGACUUCUAUUAUGAGGAUAUGGAUAUUUCAAGUAGCGCUGAUUAUGAGGAUAUGGAUAUUUCAACUAGCGCUGAUUAUGAUUUGGUGACCAUAUCGGAUUAUUCUUAUCCAACACAGCAGCAAACUGACGAUUCGCUUCCUCCCUUUAAUACUUGGCAUACAAAACAUUUUUGUUCAUCUCCUGUUGAUUUGGGAAAUCUCUGGGACAAUUCAACAUCGACUACAGAGAAUCCGUUUGGGGAUUUAACAUCAUUUGUUCCACAUCCACAAAAACAAGCAGCUGCAGUUUGGCCAGGUAGGAGAGGAGACAUUAAAGUGAAGGCGUUAGUGGCAGCUAAGGCUGCAAAAAUACGCCAAGAAAAACAGGAGAAUGAGAGGAACCGGAAGAAAGAAGCAUUUCGGAUGGAGAUAGCGAGGCGCAAAAGAGAAAAGCAGAAAGAAGGGAAGGCAAAAAAAGGCAGGAGGAAAUGGUUCCUAGAGGCGUGAACAUCCACAAAAAGAAAACCAUGUAGUAAGUUAUUCCAUUAGCACUUAGGGGGUGUUUGGCUUCGCUUUUUAGAGGCCAAAAGAUCUUUUUGGAAAAGUUACAAAAAGUCAGGUUUUCAUGACUUCUCCAAAAAGUUGAUUUUCC